AUGCCGCUCCCGGCGAUGCCAUGGCUCGCCCUGCGCCUCCCGGGCCACACCUUCCACGGCAGCUCCUUCCCCGAUGACGGCGGCGCGUCCCUUCUCUCUCCCAGCAGUGGCGACGGCGUCCACUCCUUCCCUGGCGUCCGACGGCGGUGCGGCGUGGCCCGGCCCCUUCCCCGACCGGUGGCGCGCGGCUUCCCCUCGUCGUCCGGCGGCCGUGCGACUCGCCCCAUGCAUAUAUGGCCCUCACGGCGGCGCUCGUACAUCAGGAGGCAGCGGCCCGGCACCCGGCACAUCUCCGGCGGUGACAGUAUCUCGAGAAAAAGGUACCUCAGGUUUGGUCAAAGCUGCUCUUCUGAAUGCAUUACAAACCACGACAAGAAGAUCAAGAAGCUCUGUGGUCUGUGCUGA